AUGCCUCCCACGGGCUACAAGGAUAAGACCAGUGCCGCAACAACGGAUUUCAAUGGCAUUAUUGGUGCCAUGUACAACUGGCAUAGAUUUCCCCCGGUCCGGUUACAUAAUGGUGGAGAAUCAGGGUAUGUUGGGACCAACACAGUUGUGGAACUCAUAAAGGCUGGUUAUGAUGUGAUUGUCAUGGACAACCUCCCAAAAGCAAGCAUUGAGAGCAUGAGGCGGGUGAAUGAAAUCACAGGCAAGCAGGUGCCCACAUUCAGUAGCGACAUGUUGGACAAGGAUGUCCUCAGGGAUCUAUUAAAAAAGCACAAGAUCCUCUGUGUGAUGCACUUUGCUGGCCUGAAGACAGAAGAGGAGUCCUGUAACAAACCUCUUCUCUAUUACAAGACAAAUAUAGGCGGAACAAUCAGUCUUCUUGAGGUGAUGAAGGAGUUCGGUGUGUACAACAUGUUCUUCUCCAGUUCUGCCGCUGUGUACGGCUCACCCAGUUACCUGCCCAUAGAUGAGAAACACACUGUAGGGGGCUGCAUCAACCCCUAUGGCAAGACCAAGUACUUCAUUGAGAAAAUCCUCAAAGAUAAUUGCACUGCAGAAAAGCAAUGGAAUGUUGUGCUGCUGCGCUACUUCAACCCAGUGGGGGCCCACGUGACUGGCAAAUUAGGGGAAGACCCUCAAGGAAUCCCCAGCAACCUGAUACCCUACGUAUCACAUGUGGCCGUAGGAAGGCUUAAGGAGCUCACAGUGUAUGGAGACAACUAUGAUACACCUGAUGAAACAGAGGUGCGUGAUUACAUCCAUGUAGUGGACCUGGCUCAGGGACAUGUGGCUGCCUUUAAGUACCUCGAGAAGGACUGUGGCUGCAAGGUGUUUAACUUGGGAACAGGGAAAGGUUUUUCUGUGAUUGACAUGGCCAAAGCCUUUGAAACUGCUUCUGGAAAAUGUGUGCCUUACCAGAUAACCGGUCGUUGUGAAGGUGAUAUAGCUUCGUGUUACGCUGAUGCCUCUUUGGCUGAGAAGGAACUUGGAUGGGCGUUAAAACUUGAUCUUGCAAAGAUGUGUGAAGACUUAUGGCGCUGGCAGUCCAAUAACCCGACAGGUUUCAGACCAGACAGCUAGGAUCGGAGACUUAUUGUUAAGCAGUUUUAGACCAAUUUUAUUCGUUUA